UUAUGGCCCGCCUCCCCUAUAAUAGCCAGAAUUGGAAGAUCCUAAAAACCCACCAUUAUUUGCGCAUGCGCUUCUCAACAGCGCUCUGAGGACACAAGAUGGCUUCAACAGCGGAUUACAGUACCUACAAUCAGGCUGGAGCCCAGCAAGGGUAUGGCUCCUAUGCAGCCCAGCCAACUCAAACUUAUGGACAGACUACACAGAGCUACGGUCAACAGGCUUAUGGAACUUAUGGCCAACCUUCUGAUUCCACUUAUACCCAGCCACAGUCCUCUGCAGCUGCCUAUGGACAGGCAGCCUAUGGGACCACAUAUGGACAGCCACCUGCUGCAGAAGGGACCAAUACAGCAGGUUACACUGCAGCCCCUGCAGCCCCCCAGGGAUACACACAGCCUGUGCAGGGAUAUGGGACAGCAGGAUAUGACAGCACCACAGCAGCGGCCUCUACCACCUCUACCCAGGCCUCCUAUGGUACCCAACCAGCCUAUGGCUCCCAACCUGCUUAUGCCGGCUAUGGGCAGCAGCAGCCGGCCUCCACUGCACCCACAAGAGUACAGGAAGUCAGCAAACCACAGGAGAAUACCCAGGCCCAGUCUAACCCAGCCGGCUAUAGCCAAGCCAACCUGGGCUACAGCCAGAAUAAUUACGGUUACCCCCAGGUGCCUGGCUCUUACCCUGUCCAGUCAGUCAGUGCCCAGGCUUCCUACCCUCCUACCAGCUACAGCGCUGCCCCUACCCAGCCUAGCAGCUAUGAACAGAGUACCUACUCCCAGCCUGCAGGCUAUACCCAGCAGCAGAGUGGAUAUGGGCAGCAGGCAAACUAUAACCAACAAAGCUCCUAUGGUCAGCAGGGAAGCUAUGGACAACAGCCCAGCAACUACCCACCCCCAUCCAGCUCCUCAUACAGUCAGCCACCUCCUAGCCAGUAUGGUCAGCAGAGUGGCGGUGGUGGUGGCGGCGGCAGCAGCGGUAGUAACUAUGGGCAACAAGGUGACUACAGUCAACAGAACCAGUAUAGCAGUUACAGGCAGGAUCACCCUAACAGCUUGAGUGGUGGCGGCUUCUCGGGGCCAGAGCCAGGAGGCUUCCCUGGUCUAGGGGAGAGCCGUGGUAUGGGAGGUGGGGAGAGCCGGAGCCGUGGAAGAGGAGGCUUUGACAGGGGAGUCAUGAACAGAGGAGGAGGGCGUGGGGGACUUGGGCGAGGAGGCAUGGGCAUCGCUGGAGACAGAGGUGGCUUCAUUAAGCCUGGUGGCCCCGUGGAUGAUGGACCAGAUCCAGAGCCUGCUCCUAAAGAAACGGAUGACUCUGAAAACAACACUGUUUAUGUUCAGGGGCUGUGUGAAAAUGUGACGUUGGAGGAAGUAGCAGACUUCUUCAAGCACUGUGGAAUCAUUAAGAUUAACAAGAGAACCGGCCUGCCUGCCAUUAACAUUUACACGGAUAAAGACACUGGGAAGCCAAAGGGAGAUGCAACAGUGAGCUAUGAAGAUGCUCCAAUUGCCAAAACAGCAGCAGAGUGGUUUGAUGGCAAAGACUUCCAGGGUAAGAAGCUGAAGGUGUCCAUGGCUCGGAGGAAGCCCCUGAUGGGCCUCAUGCGAGGGGGAAUGAUGCCCCGGGAUAUGAGAGGCCCUCCUCUAGGACGUGGUGGUAUGAUGGGCCGUGGUGGUGGUGGAAGAGGAGGCGACAGGGGUGUAUUCCCUCCCAGAGGGGGACCACGUGGGGGAGGAAGAGGGGGGCCCGUGGGUGGGAACAUGCAGCAGAGAGCUGGAGACUGGCAGUGCCUCAACCCUGGCUGUGGUAACCAGAACUUUGCCUGGCGGAUGGAGUGCAAUCAGUGCAAAGCUCCCAAACCUGAAGGAUUCAUGCCUCCUCCAUUCCCUCCACCAGGUGGUGAUAGGGGAAGAGGUGGUCCCGGUAUGCGUGGAGGCAGGGGGAUGGACCGCGGGGGUCCUGGUGGGUUCAGAGGAGGGCGAGGAGGAGAUCGUGGGGGCGGAUUCCGAGGGGGCCGAGGGAUGGACAGAGGAGGAUUCGUUGGGGGUAGGAGGGGUGGUCCGCCCAUGGAGCUGAUGGGAGGUCGAGGAGGUAGAAGAGGAGGAGGACCCCCGGGGAAAAUGGAGAUGAAGGGGGAUCAUCGUCAGGACCGUCGUGAUAGACCCUAUUGAAGUACAGCACAACCUACGUGAAUUCCCAUAUAAUACAGGAUUUAUUUUUUAAAAUAGUACACAUUUUAAAGUUAUAAUUCCAUAUUUAUAAGGUUGGCAUUUAUUAUGGAAAGUUUUUUGUUCCAGCAUUCUUUCAUUGCUAAUAGUGAUAACAAAGAAAUGGCUUCAGUGAAUUUCUACUGGUUUUUUUUUUGUUCUUUUUUUUAGUUCCGGUUAAACAUAUAUGAAGUAAAUAAGAACUACUGAACGCAUGCUUAAACACUCGAGUACAGACAACAGAUUGUUGAAGGUGUUAUGUUUGUGAAACCUGGUGACAUGCCGUUUUUAGAAAUGUUUCGAUGUAUCAACCCCCACGUCACCUUUUCCUUUUUUGAAACUCAUUUCCUUUAAAAAAAAAAAAAAAAGAAAAGAAAAAAACUUUGAAAAAUUAAAGAAAUUCAAUGUAGAAAAAAUGUUUGCCUCUUUUAGUACCAUUUUAAUACUAGGGGUGUCUGACUGUACCUCUGUCACACUUGCAUUGUUUCAUAUAGGUGGAAAGCAGCUAAUUUAAAUUGUAAUGAAACUUGGCAUUUAAUAUGUAAGUUAUUGGGAGAAUCAGGUUGUAGGGAUAUUAGAGGUGAUUUUCCACAUACUGUUGUAAAUCGGUCGUUUUGAAUAUUUUACCUUGUUACUUGUCUCCAAUUAGCUUACUAAUCACAUCUAGGUCUUUAAAUACUACUUACAAUUUUCAUUAAACUAUUCUUGCUGUUUACUGCUCUUUGCUGUAUACAUAUUGGUCAUGUUUGGGUUUUUUCCAGCGGUGGCAGGGGAUGUAUGUUACUCGCUACUGUACUUGGUCUCAAUGGUCAUUGGUUGAAAUGCACACAGCAGUCUGUACCAUGAAAUAUGACAAAUCCUAUAUUGUAAUUUAAACUGGCACAAUAUUAACAUUAUGGUGGUGAACAUGGGAACACCAAAAAACUCCUGCUUAUGUAAGUUUUUUGUUGACUUUAUAGAAAAAAUUGUACAUCAAGAGGAGUUGUGAUUUCAUCCAAAACAUAGCUUUAGUGAAGUAUUUUUCAUGACAUGGUCUGAGAACAAAGCACCACUAGGUGGCAGACUCUGACAGUAUAGGGAAGAUUCAUCAUCUUCCAAGUCAUUCUAUUCAUACCAGUUUACAUUAGGACUGUCAUCUGCAGGCAGCAAAAAAAUAUAUAUAUGUCUGAUUGUAGGGGUGAGAUAUCCUAUUAAAUUUACAGUAAACCCUG